AUGGAUAGCUUCUUCUUCCAUGUUGCCUUGCUUUGUAGUUUUGCACUCACUGCCCAUAACAUAUCUACUGAUCAAUCUGCCCUUCUUGCCUUAAGUGCCCAAAUCACUUAUGAUCCUCAUGCCAUUUUAGCCGAGAAUUGGACGACCAAUAAUGCCUCGGUUUGUAACUGGAUUGGGGUUACUUGCGGUCUAAUCCACCAGAGAGUCAAGUCCUUGAACCUUUCGUUCAUGGAUCUCGGAGGCCGCCUUCCUCCACAACUAGGAAACCUCUCGUUCCUUGUUUCUCUCGACCUCCGUGGCAACCAUUUCCAGGGCGGUUUACCCCGGGACCUGGUGCAUUUACGCAGGCUGAGAUUUAUGAGUUUCGGAGACAAUAAAUUCAGUGGAGAGCUUCCUUCAUGGCUGGGGUAUUUGCCUCGGCUUAAAAUCUUGAUAUUGUCAAAUAACAGCUUCAGAGGAAGUCUCCCGAACUCCAUGUUUAACAUCUCAAAGCUGGAGAAGGUGGAGUUACGAUUUAAUCAACUCACAGGCGCUAUACCUGCAACAAUCUUCAACAUUACAUCCCUGCAAGUGAUUGACUUCUGGAAUAAUAGAUUAACUGGAAAUCUUCCCCGGGAUAUCUGUCAAAGUCUGCCAAGACUCCGAGUGAUUUCUCUUUCUCAGAAUGGGCUGUCUGGCCAACUGCCACCAAGUCUGCCCCAGUGUUCACAGCUCCAGGUUUUAUCAUUGUUUCGGAACAUGUUCACCGGAGACAUACCUCGAGGGACUGGAAACAUGACGAUGCUCCAGGAGUUGGAUUUGAACUCGAAUCCUCUCAUGAAUCCUGGGACAAUACCAAGAGAAAUUGGGAACUUAACCAUGCUCACUAGAUUAGGCCUAGGAGACUUGAAUCUUCGAGGUACGACAAAAAUCCAAUUCUCUCAUGUUGUUUUGUUUUUGCUCUUGUUAUAUGCUGCUGGAAAAUCGUCAAUUUCUGACCAACUUUUCCGGCCACCGCCUCAAAAGUGGACGAAGAUUUAA